UCCCACCAGACCCCUCCCCCUCAGUCACUGACUCCUCCCCCUCCAUCACUGACCCCUCCCCCUCCACCGCUGACUCCUCCCCCUCCACCACUGACCCCUCCCCCUCACCGUCAGCCCCCCCCCUCCUCCGGGAUGAUAAGCCCCGCCUCCCCCCUCAGCCCUGAUGAUUGGCAGGUCCACACCGACCAGGACAGCGGGAAGCCGUUUUAUUACCAUCCCGUAACCAGACAGACCACCUGGUCCGACCCCCGCAGCCCCCCACCCCUACCGGCCGCAGACAUGGACCAGUCCAAGGGGAGGGAGGGGGGGCACCUGACCCUGCUCUCCUCCUCCUCCUCCUCCUCUUCCUCCCAGGGUUCCUGUGUUUGGGAGCGGCUGCUGGAUGAAGCCUCAGGAAGGUUCUACUACUACAACCCCAUCACAAGAUCCACAUCCUGGUCUGCCCCCGAGCCCCCCUCCCCCGCCUCCCCCUCCUCCCCCUCCUCCCCCCGGGGCAAGAGACCCGAGGACCGGCCGCCUCCGCUGCCCGAAGAAGAUUAUCCAGUGAGCCCCGAGAGAGAGAACAGCGGCGGCGUGUUCCUAACGCAUGCACAGCAGCACGUGCCUCUGAUUCCCAGAGCGCAGCUGGACCUGAAAGAUGGAAGCAGCUCCCAGUGGAAGCAAGAGAUCCCACAGUUGCCCCAAAGGCUGAUGGGAAAUGGAGUUCCUGAGGAGGGACCAGCUGGACAGACACGGAACAGCAGACACGGCGAAGACACGUUUGUUCCGAGUCUCAGGAGGAACGUCUCCGACCUGCCAGACGUGUCCAACAGAAGACACUCACCUGACAGUCCACAGUUCUCUGAUAGGCUCAGACUGAGGAGGAAUCUGUCCAAUCGGAGCACAAACUCCCACCAGCUGCACAGCCACCUGCUGGAGAAAGCAGGAAUCAUCAACAAGACCAAAGUAGCCGAUCAUGGGAAAAAGAUCAGGAAGAACUGGGCUCAGUCCUGGACCGUCCUGCACGGAGGGAUCCUCACCUUCCACAAAGACCCCAAAUCUGCUCCCACUGGGAACGCUAUGAAGGCGUCACAGAUCGUUCCUGAAUACACCGUCGAACUGAGAGGAGCUUCAAUCAGCUGGGCCUCCAAAGACAAGUCAUCCAAAAGGAACGUUCUUGAGCUGAAAACUCGUCAGGGAUGCGAGUAUCUGAUGCAGUACGACACCGAGAGCAUCAUCAGCGACUGGCUGAAAGUGAUGCACGACACCAUCAGACAGCUGGAACAGGAACAUCUGUCAGAGGACGAAGACGAAGGUGCUUCAGACAAAGAGGACAAAGACAGGAGGAGGCCAUUGACCUCGAGUUCGUCAACUGCGACCGACUCCGAGCAGAGACGAGUUCGGACCAAACUGCGACGUUUCCUCCAGCGGAGGCCGACGCUGCAGAGCGUUAAAGAGAGAGGAUACAUCCGAGAUAACGUCUUCGGCUGCCACCUGGACACACUCUGCCACAGAGAAAACUGUCACAUUCCCAAGUUUGUGGAGAAGUGUAUCAAAGCGGUGGAGAGGAGAGGUCUGGAUGUUGAUGGGAUCUACAGAGUGAGCGGAAACCUGGCUGUGAUCCAGAGACUACGACACAAAGCUGACCACGAGGAGCAGUUGGACCUGGAGGACGGUCAGUGGGAGGAGAUCCACGUGAUCACCGGAGCUCUGAAGCUUUUCCUGCGAGAGCUUCCCGAGCCACUGUUCCCGUUCAGCUGCUUCGACAAGUUCAUCGCUGCCAUCCAGGUCCAAGACUACAGCCUGAAGGUCUCCUACAUGAAGGAUCUGGUUCGCUUGCUGCCUCUGCCGAACCACGACACCAUGGAGCUGCUGUUCAAACACCUGCUCAGGGUGAUCGACCAUAAGGAAUCUAACAGGAUGUCGGUUCAGAGCGUCGCCAUCGUGUUCGGACCCACGUUGCUCCGGCCGCAGACCGAGUCGGCCAACAUGACGAUCCACAUGGUGUUCCAGAGCCAGAUAGUGGAGCUCAUGCUCAAUGAGUACCAGACCAUCUUUGCCUCUGAAGGGUAGGAGGACCGCUAGGAGAUCCUCAGAGAACCUUACAGAACUUUCAGAGAACCUCCUGACCCACCAGGGUUGCCAAACGCCCCUCUGAAACCUGGACGGAUCUAACCACUGUGCCUCCAAUGACCCAGGUGGAACCUGAGUGGAACCAACUACCAAUAUAGCCUAGAUGGAACUAUUUUCUAGAGUACAGAUCAAACCAAACACACUUAUUUGGCACCUUAAUAACCCAAAACAUUUUAGAACCCUAGAACCAAAGUCCUUCUUAUUUGAAAGUUAAAUUUUAAAAUGCUCGGCUGGAUGAACUUAGAACCUGAUGUUUUCAUGAAGUCCUGUCUUAAGCACUGUGCCUCAAAUGACCCAGGUAGAACCUGAGUGGAACCAUCUAGAACACCUGGACUGGAUCUGUAACCUCAACAUUCAGCCUUAUUUCUAUUUUCGAGGCAACAGAUCGAACAAAGACACACUUAGGUUGCACCUUACAAACCCAGAAAGAAGAACAAGACCUCUCCAGUCAAGUUCCACAUCCUUUGAGAACCGUGUAGAAGUCUGGAUGCAGCAGACAUUGAAGUUAAUGGUGGUUAAACCUGAAAGCUGUUGAGAACAUAAGCCCCUGUCAGGCCACCAAUAGACCCUGAGUGGAACCAUCAAGAACUAGAACUGAAUCUGGAACCUCACCAGUUUGCUUUAUUUCUAUUUUCUGAGUAUCAGACCAAAGAAAUAACACUAACUAGGGACCUGAAAACCCCAAACAUCCCACCUUUAGGAAUAACUUUCCCACCAACUUCCAAACCCCUGUAGAACCCUUUAGAACCCUGGAGCCAAAUAUCCAGCUGCUGUUUGUACAUUUCUGGACACUGACGUUCAUGUAAGACAUUCACAGGGGGUAAAACUGGAACCAGAUGGAUACAGCUCGUCCCUCUCUAACUACUGCACCUUUAAUGAGCCAGGUAGAACCGUAGUGGAAACAUCUAGAACCCUGAACUGGUUCUGAAACCCUGAAUAACGGCUUCAUUGCUCUUUGAAGGCAACAGACUGAACAAAACACUCUUAAAACAUCUGUUUUUUGGUGAGAACCCAACCUCGAACCCUAAAGGUUUCUUUCUUUAAAUUUAAAUUUUAAAAUGCUCGGCUGGAUGAACUUAGAACCUGAUGUUUUCAUGAAGUCCUGUCUUAAGCACUGUGCCUCAAAUGACCCAGGUAGAACCUGAAUGGAACCAUCUAGAACACCUGGACCGGAUCUUUAACCUCAACAUUCAGCCUUAUUUCUAUUUUCGAGGCAACAGAUCGAACAAAGACACACUUAGGUUGCACCUUACAAACCCAGAAAGAAGAACAAGACCUCUCCAGUCAAGUUCCACAUCCUUUGAGAACCGUGUAGAACUCUGGAUGCAAACAUCACAUUCUGCUGUUUUUAAGAUUAGCAUUAAAGUUAAUUGAGGUUGAACCUGAAACCUGUUGAGAACAAACAAACCUUUAAAUGUUCCAGGUAGAACCGAGCGUCAGUAUGAUGUGAUACCAAGUAUUUGUUUUAAUUACUGAAGAGAACAAAGAACUUCACUGUUAAACACUGGACUGUAGUGAUGUCAUCAGUUCGUUAGAGACGGACGCUAACGGGCGAUGUGUUAUUUUAGACUGUCGGAAGAUGAAAUAACUUCCCGUCUUUGAGCUAAGCUAACACAUCGUGGACACACAGAACAAAUGAUUUAUUAAAUGUUAUUAAAUGUGUUUAAACAAUCUAAAUAAAGUUUAACAAACAGUUGCUUACAACCAGAGGAUUUACAGAUGUUUAACUCUAGAGAGGAAUUUUUACUGCUGUAACAGUGACUUCUGUACAAUGCUGUAGGUUUUUAUAUGUAUUACAGAUACAGAACAAAGUUAACAUUAACAGAUGGAACUCUGUACAUAAGAGGGUAUUUUACUGACUUUUAAUAAAAAUAACACAGAUGUGUACCAGUG